CAGCCCCUUGUAAAAUUCGUUCAAAAAAAAAAAAAAACAAAUGGGCCGGUUAUAACUUGGUAUUUCUGGCGGGCUGGUGGCUCAUUGAGGGCCUAUUGUAAACCCCAAUAGCCCAUACUUUAUCGGAAACUUUUUUUUUUUUUUUGGGUAACAGAAAUUCUCCGAUUCCCGUUUCGGGUAGCCAUGGAGACUGAUUUCACCAAGUUCUGUUUGAAAAUUGUUGUUCACCUGAGAGCUACCGGUGAUGCUCCUGUACUUAAAGCAAGCCAAAUUCAAGGCUUUUGAUCUUGGCAGAUGGCUGGAACUGAAAAGUUUUCUAAAGUUAUUAUUUUUUACCAAGGCAACCACGCCGGAAUACCCUGAGUUUUGGUUUUGAUUGUAAACUGGUGAUCAAUUAUGCAUGUUCCAUGGCCUGGGGCUAACCUUUGAUGAUGGUUCUCUGGGUAUGAGUUUUACAAGUUCCGUAACACCUCUCUGUGUGCUGAUAUAACCUCCACGUCAUUUUAACUUGCCUCUAAUUUUCUCAUCUCUGACUUCCGCACUGCUCCACUGUAGCAGAGUUUUAAUUUCACACUUGCAUACAAGCAGUGGUGUAUUGCUGGGAAUCUGAAGAACAUUUACAGAUGGUGACAGCAUCCAUAUUUUAGUUGUGCAUUCUGUGGAAUUCAACCCAUUAUUAUGGUUCAAAUUGGCAAAACCUUAAUAGAUUCACAUGAUAAAUUUACAUUCUGUAAGUUUCUUGUGUCUAUUAGCAGCAACUACCAAAUUUAGAUUGAAGUAAAGACAGAUUGUCCCUGUUUGCGUUAUUCUAGCCCAUUGUUUGUUUCUGGAAUUAUUACUCUACUUGUGCUUGUCAUAAUGUGAUGUCAUUUAGUAUGCUAUCCCCUUGAUUGAUUGCUGACAAAUAAUUCAACCCCUGUGGGCCUUGCAAAUUGCAAUUUAUUUCAAUGUCAAGCAUUUAUACCUCAUCAAUAUGCUCAGUUUUGUUUGGUAAGAACGGUUAAUGUUGCAGACAAUAGUUGUGGUACCAAAAAUAAAUGGCUACUGGACUUUUCCUUGGCAUUUUUGAAGCAAUUUCAAGUCUACUGGCAAGGUUAAAGUAAUGUAUUUUGACUUAGGAUUGCAACUAACACCCUUGAAACUAGUGUUUGUACCCAGAAACUAACAUGACAUUAGAGAAAACCAGAGAUCUGCUAAGCUGCACAGAUGUCAAAGGAGCAAUGAAGGAAUUUGUACUGU